AUGGCCAACACCAAUCAGCAUGUGCUCGACCGAAAAAGCACCUUGAGCGACAAGGACGCGACCGUUGAGCACAUGGCAGUCUCUGACAAACACAUGCUUGAUCAGAUCCAGGUGGCCAAUGCCAACGAACACAAUCUGACGUUCAAGGAUGUCGCUCAGAAGCACCCCAAGAUCAUCUGGUGGUCCUUCUUCUGGUGCAUGUGUGCAGUGGGUUGGGGUUUUGAUACCCAGGUCAACGGUGCCAUGGUAGGUGUUCCAGCCUUUCGAAAGUACUAUGGUCACGAACUCAAUGAUGAGUGGGUGAUCCCAGCGGACUGGUUGACCGCUUUCAACAUCGUCUCUUCCGUUGGCCAGUUCUUUGGCGGUUUCGCUUGCAGCGCCAUCUCCGAUAGAAUGGGUCGCAAGAAGAGCCUCACUUUGGGCGUCCUUGUUGUCUUCUCGUUUGUGUACUUCCUCACAAUUGGCGCGGUGGCAUUUGUUCUAUUAGGGGAGGUUUCCUCCCUGUCCCAGAGGGCGCGAACAACCGCUUUGGCCACUGCAACUCAAGCCAUCUUUGGUAUCAUUAUGUUUUUCGCUGUUCCAUAUAUGGUUAAUCCUGACGCUGGUAACCUUGGCGGCAAAGUUGGCUUUAUCUUCGGUGGGCUCUCGGCCUUUGCUUCUAUUCUCUGUGUUUUCUAUAUCCCUGAGCUCAAAGGACGAACCUAUCAGGAGAUCGAUACAAUGUUUUAUCGCCGAGUUCCGCUGCGCAAGAUGAGAUCUUAUACUAUAUAA